CAGCAGCAGCAGCAACAGCAGCAUGGCUCGCUCGAGCCGGAGCAGGGAUACGACCCGCCCAGGCGUCAGUCGUGCUGCAACCAGCCAGUCCGACGCCCCCUCUCGACAUCUGUCUUACUAUGCUGCUUCGAAUCUCUCCGACGCAUGCUACUCGUUUCCUUCCUUAUCAUCCUCGUCACCUCUUCCUCUUCCUCAUCGUCUGUCAUUCGCUCCCCUGCACUCCUACCCGCGCUCAGCGGCGGCGGCAAUGGCAGCAUAAAGGGCGGCGGCGGCAAGAGCAACAUGGCCAUGACACUAGCCCUCGUCGCCGCCAACAUUGCAGGCGCGGCCGCGUCUCUGGCCAAACAGCAAGAGCCUGCCGCGUUCUAA